AGGCAACGUACCGUGAAAUUGCAGCGUCGAUUAAAAAACGCCAUCUUCUCAAUAGCGAAAUUGCACAAUUAACCUGGACCGUGCCGAGGUAUACCUCGACGGCACGUCCUCUCCUCGACGGUCCGUCUGCAUAAUGCUGUGAGACCGAAAAUCGGAGUGCGUUAUGCGAUCUUCCCCCGUCGUAUACCUGCAUCUAUUACUCUAUCUGGCGGUGAUUCAAGCGCAAAUUUUACUCGGUAUCGUCUGCCAGGUAUGCACGGGAAGUGUUAUUGGUAUUGUAGGUUGGACGACGGAAAUUCCGGAAAUAAAACCCAUUUUAAAGACAAGAGAUGGAAAUGGAGAAAAAAAAGAGGGUCAAAAGAGAAAAGCCCAGAAACGCCUUGCUGUAAAGGAAUUAAAUGCCAUCCCCCAGGGAUAUGCCACCCUUGUGCCGCGAAUGUGAUCAGUGUGAUUAGUUGACAUCAAGUAGUUAGUCGUGAUUAUGG